CGACAAUCAGCAUUUCCACCGAAAUCAGCGAGCCCAACAAUGCCGUGGCCGUAUAAGCUCUAACUUCUACCGCAAACCAUCAUAAUGUCAUCUCGCCCGCAGUUCUUUCAUCUUCCCAACUCUGCAUCGUGCCGUAUACUCGACCGCUUCAGUGACCUUCCCGACGAUGCGGAAGUCGAAGAAGAUGAGAAUGGCAAAAUACCAUUUUGGCCGCUAUUGAAACACCUUCUCUGUACGCCUGUGUCAAGUAUCGCGCAGCUGAUUGAUCGGUUACAAACAAUUGCCGCCAAUGCAGAGACAUGUCAGGAUAGUGACUAUGGCUUUCUGAAAAGUUUUCUUGAACAGCGAGGCGAAGCUGAUAUACUUGAUACAAUAUGGCCAAAGAUUCGCGAUAUUGCGCUCGCGUUGCCUACCUACUUUCCUGACGGAAAGCUUGAGCUUCUUCAGCUGGGACAUCCACUUCAUCUAAGUCGAGGUCAAGUUGCUUGUCUUGUGGUGCAUCAAUUCCUCUGCUCAUUUACACCUCAAAGGGAUGACGAAGGUUAUCAGGAUCUGGGCAUAUGGUUCUCAUCCGAACAACGGCAUCCUACCGCAGUACAGAUGUACUUGGAAGCUUUGUUUACAUACUUUGGGAGUACACCUGAAGCAAGCGCUCUUCUGGAAGACCAUCAAGUUACACCCAAUGGGGCUCACGGUUCUGUCUCAUACGAACUUCAUCUAGGAAAGCCAGUUUCAUUAGAGGGUACCAAGUUAGCAAAACUGCACGUGAACUUCCUGGAUGCUCACACAUCAGAUACACACAAUCCAGAGGUUCAAGAUGAAGGAGGAGCAGCUGUUGUAUCAUCCAACAAGGUCAUCGGGUUUGGUCAAUCCGCCACACAGGAAGAAAUUUUUGUCGGAAUUGCCCCUGAAGCUUAUCCCGUGGUCCUGGUUGCGCCUCAACUCGCAGUCGACACAGUCAUCACUGUUUCUGGGGCGAGAGCGAUGGUUGAUAUGAAAGGUCAAAGACGUAAUAUUGAAUGGACCAUACGUCGUACGCCGCCAUCAGAAGACUUCGUAGGUUGGAAGGAAUCAUGGAGGGGAGGACGUCUUGUCUUCAUGGACGCUUUGGAGAUGGACAUGCUUGACCACUCAGAGAACAAUGGAUUACCCGACUUGUCUCCUGAGAACAUUGAUCGCGAAAUUGACAAGGCGGCAAAUGGCUUUUCUUCUUACCAAGGCAAUUCCAUUUUCACUGGGCUCUGGGGUUGUGGCGCCUUCGGAGGUGAUCCAGGUUUAAAACUAAUGGUACUUUGGCUCGCAGCGGGGGUAGCAGAUGUUGAGUUGAAUCUAAUGCUUGGGCCCGGAGAACAUGAUCUUGGGAGAAAGAUAAAGGAGGUAGUCAAGGCUUGCCAAGAUUUGACCGCAACUGGCGUGCGUGAGCUGCUAUCGAGAGUUCCCCGAGACUUGCGGCGCGAAGGAGUUCUGGAAUGGGUUGCGAACGAGGCUUUAGGGGCUCAGCAUGACACAUGUUGACGGUCAGGGGAAUCGUGAUCUUACCAGCCGAGGCUUAGAAAGAAUAAGCUCAUUAGAAAUCUGACAAUCAGGACCGAACUGAACCCCUUGGUGGACUAUUACCCGAAGCACUUGAGGAGUAAGUGGACCUUGAACCCGCGUAUAAUCCCAGUUGCUGUACAGAUC